AUGACAGUGAUUAUAGAAUACUCCACAGCCGUUCCUUUUAGAUGGUGUUCGAAUAAAUUCAUGUGUUUCUACUGUUGCUGCGCUUUUAUAGACAGUUCUAAACUGAAGCAACAUACUGAAGAAGAACACCACGAAGUUAAAUUAAAUAAUGUGUUAAGAAAUGUCACCAGUCAGACAAGAUUCAAGGUCGAUAUAACUGAAUUGUCUUGCAAAAAAUGCUCCAGGCCACUAUCGAAUUUGGAGGAGUUUCUGAAUCACGUUUCGGAGUUACACGAUGUAAACUUCAACAGAACAGUCAUGGAUUGUCUCUUUACCUUCAAAUUGUCAGAUGAUGGCAUGCGAUGUCUCGAUUGCGGAAUGUGUUUUCGAUUUUUUGGAACUUUGCUCACUCAUGCUCAUAAAUCUCACGCUAAGACUAACACGUUUUUAUGCGAAACAUGCGGGAAAGGUUUCGUGGCGAAAGCUAAUUUAGAUAGUCACGUUAAAACAGUCCACUCCAGCGUCCAUUGGACGAAACGUCGAAUAAAUUCAAACCAAAACAAACCAGAAAAAUUACAAUGUCCAAAAUGUCCUGAAAUAUUUCGCACUAGAUAUCUUAGAAAACAACAUUUGGCUAUCGUACACGAUAUGAAAAACUCUCAAUUCUCCUGUGAUAUAUGUUCAAAAAUGUUUUUAAUUAAAAGUAGAUUAAUUCAGCAUAAGUUGAGGGUACAUUUAAAAGAAAAGUCUAUUGCGUGUGAAGUUUGUGGUUUUAAAGUGUUCAAUAAAGAGCUAUUGAAACGGCAUAUGGUUAAACACGAUGACUCUAGACCAUAUCAGUGUGAAAUAUGUAAAAAAGCAUUCCAAAGGAAGAAAACCUUGGAUUUUCAUAGACGAAUACACACAAAUGAUAGACGAUACGUUUGUAAAGACUGUGGGAAAGCAUUCGUGCAAGUAACGAGUCUUAAAUUGCAUACGAGAGUGCAUCAUAAUAAUGGGUCAGUG